GACAGUGGGACGGCGGGAGUAUAUAAUAAUACAUUGUCAAAGUUAUUUUUAGAUAAAUUUCCUUUCAAAAAAUGAAUUUGUUAACUCUGUUUUUAACUCCUCGCAUUGGAGAUGGUAGAGACCAUGUUUGGUGUGACCUUGGGACGAAGCUGCUGCAUUGGCGCCUUCAUCUCCAGGUCUUCCUACUCUACAGCUACCGCCGGAAGAGAAACCUCUCCCCUCGCCAGCUCCUUCUUGCCGGAGUUCCUUACUGGCGCUCUCGGAUUCUCCAAAAAGGAAUCGAUCAAGGUAGCCGCCAAGGUAAUCAAAUUCUCAUCGAGAACAAGACCCGUUUUAGUUGUCCAUAUUCUGAAGCAAACCGGUCUCGAUUCGAGCCAGAUAAGAAAAUGCGUUUCCAGAGUCCCCAGAUUGCUCUACUUCGAUGUCCAGAAAACCCUAAGGCCCAAAUUAGAGUGUCUUCAGGAACUAGGGUUUUCCACCUCGGAUCUCGCCGGCAUUCUUGCAAAAGGUGCUGACAUUUUAACCGCCGGGCUGGAUACUUACCUCAGACCCAACCUAGCUGCCCUCGCACAAAUAUUUGGCGGUAACACCGACGAUUUGCGCAAGACAAUAAAGUCGUAUCCUUGGCUGCUUUGUGCUGUUCGUUGUCGGGUUGUGCUGGAAAAUGUUUCUUAUUUUAAGGAGCUUGGCUUUUUGAUUGACAAGAUCAGGUGGUUUAUGACUAUCGAUCAGGACACAACCUAUGACCUAUCCCACCAAAUGGUUUCAGGAGAGGGUGGAUAUGCUGGAAAACGAUUUCGGCAUUCUCCGUGCCUCCCCUAUGUUCUUCUAUGGAGUACUGGCAAUGUCUAAU